AUGGGUGGCUGUCGGCCCCCGACUGCCAAGGAUUUUAUUUGCCACCUGCUGGAGAAGGACCCGAAUGAACGGUACACCUGCGAGAAGGCCUUGAGGCACCCCUGGAUUGAUGGAAACACAGCCCUCCACAGGGACAUCUACCCGUCAGUCAGUCUCCAGAUCCAGAAGAACUUUGCCAAGAGCAAGUGGAGGCAAGCCUUCAACGCGGCCGCCGUGGUCCACCACAUGAGGAAGCUGCACAUGAACCUGCACAGCCCAGGCCUCCGUCCGGAGGUGGAGAACAGGCCACCCAGCACUCCAGCCUCAGAAGCCUCGAGACCCAGCCCCUCUGAGAUCACCAUCACCGAGGCCCCGGCCCUGGACCAGAGCGUGGCCCUUCCCGCCCUGGCGCGGCUCCCCUGCCGGCCCCCCGGGGGCAGGUCCCUCAACUGCCUGGUCAAUGGCUCGCUCCGCAUCAGCAGCAGCCUGGUGCCCAUGCAGCAGGGGGCCCUGGCCGCCGGGCCCUGCAGCUGCUGUUCCAGCUGCCUGAGCAUCGGGAGCAAAGGGAAGUCCUCCUACUGCUCCGAGCCCACCCUCCUCAAAAAAGCCAACAAAAAACAGAACUACAAAUCAGAGGUCAUGGUGCCAGUUAAAGCGGGUGGCGGUUCCCACUGCCGGGCGGGGCAGACUGGAGUCUGUCUCAUUAUGUGAUCCCUGGAGCCCACGCCUGUGUCAAUUUUCAGGAGAGACAUGCAACUCUUCUCUGCCUUCCCAUCCUGGCGUCCACCCUGCAGCGGGAGGAAGGCGGAGCGGGCGGAGCAGGGCCUGGCAGGAGUUUACGGUGAGAAGCCCUGGGCUGCUGCUGCCUGGGGCAGACCCUCCCAGAAGGCCCAGGAGCGAGCCCCCAAGGCACGGAGGCCUCGUUGAAGCUGUGGGCAAGAGGAGCGGUGUCCACCCGCUUCCAGGUCUCCCUGACCUGCCUGCUCUGUGCCCCCACACCCCACGUGCCGUGGCUCUGUGCAGUGAACUAGGUAGCUCUCACCCGGGUCUGUGUUGUUUGUGAUGAAAAGCUUCCUGGGCUGGCCAGCCUGUGUCACCUUCUCCGAGCAAAGCCAUAUGGAGCAUCGACCCAGGCUCCCGCUCAGCACACGCUCCUGCCUCGAGGCGUUCGUGCCCGUGGCCAGAAUGGGCUCAUUAAUGUAGUCGCCUGCCCAUCUGCAUGAAUGACAGGCGGCUCCGUGGUCUGCCUGUGAGCUCUCAAGUUCCAAUCCUUGACUCCAUGAUUAGCUCCAGCUGGCCCAGCACACCUCCCUCCCUGCCCCAGGCCAAAAGCAGUACCACAGCCUUCCAGAUGAAAAAGAAAGAAAUCAAGGAGGAACUGUAAGGAGUUCUUAUCCCGGCCAGAUGCCUCACCCACACCGGAUUAAGUAAAAAUUGGAAGUUGACUGUUUUCAUUUCAGCUGGUAAUUCUCAUCCUGCUUCUGCUCUUCUUUCUCUCCCUGAAAAUCAGGGGCAUUAUUCUUGUCCCUCCCUCGUUUUCUUGUACCCCCGCCCCCUCCAGCUUCAUGUUCGGUGUUGUGCUCAAUAAAAUGGACAUAUUUUUCUCUA